UUAGUGCAAAUGGGCGGCGUUUUAUACUGGACAAGCAAGACCUAAAGCUCCCAUUCAAGCUGUAUUUGUCUGUGUCGACCCGAGCACCAUAGCUAUAUUAAUGCUUCCAAGUAAACAUACGUCGUGGCGGCUGUGUUUAGAGCGCUGAGGCUGGCCUGUUUGCGGUGAUCCGGCCUGCCGUCCUGAGCGCUGUGUGCAGCGGUAGGUAUGCUUGCGCCAACAGCUCCGAGAGAAACUAGGGAGUGAGUUGGUGCGCAGAGUCUUUGACAGAGCAUCAUCUCAAGGAGGAGGCCGGUUGGAAACUAGUGUAGAUGCCUUGGCUGAGAUGAGUGUGAAGGCUUUUGAGCUAGUCCCCGCUGUGGAGCGAGAUCUCCUCAUGGGCGACAAGGCUCGCAUCAACAUCGAGUGCAUUGAAUGCUGUGGAAAACACUUGUACAUGGGCACCAACGACUGCUUCAUCCACCACUUCCUGCUGGACGAGGUCACUUCCUCCAACGGGAAGCUGAGUUACUCAGCUCAGAAGCUGCUGCACAAAUACCUGGGCCUCAAGAAACCGGUUGCUGAGCUGCGCGCCGCCUCCGCUUUGGAGCGUCUGAUCGUGCUCUGUGAUGGGAUAGUCUUCCUGGCCGACAUGGUGACACUGGAGACCGUGCCCUCGGCGGCGGGAGGGGGAGCCAAGAUCAGAGGUGUGACGGCAUUCUGCAUUAACGAGAACCCUGUGAACGGUGACCCGUUCUGUGUGGAAAUGGGUGUGCUCUCCUCCAAGCGCCGCACGGUGCAGAUUUACAUGGUGUACAAGGACAGAGUGCAGCUGGUCAAGGAGGUGUCCACUCCUGAGCAGCCCUGUGCCGUCAGCGUUGACGGUUACUUCUUGUGCCUGGCCCUCGCCACACAGUACAUGAUUCUGAACUACAACACGGGAGCCUCCCAGGACCUCUUCCCUUAUAACAGUGAAGGGAGGAGACCCAUUGUGAAGAGGAUCGGCAGGGAGGAGUUCCUCUUAGCAGCACCUGGUGGUCUGGGAAUGUUUGCCAAUGCAGAAGGCGUAUCGCAGCGAGCUCCAGUCAACUGGUCAGAGAGCGUGAUCGGUGCCGCUGUGUGUUUCCCGUACGUGGUCGCUUUGGAUGAAAGCUUCAUCACCAUCCACAGCAUGUUGGACCAACAGCUAAAACAAACCCUUUCAUUCAGGGACGGACACAUUCUGCAAGACUUUGAAGGAAAGGUCAUUCUGGCCUCCACUAAGGCAGUGUAUAUCCUGGUGCCGCUGCCCCUGGAGAGACAGAUCCAGGACUUACUGGCCAGCCACAGAGUGGAGGAGGCGCUCGUCCUCACAGAGGGAGCACAGCAGAAUAUUCCCAAAGACAAGUUCCAGAUUUUGCACAAAAGAAUCCUGCAGCAGGCAGGUUUCAUACAGUUUGGCCAACUUCAGUUUCUAGAAGCAAAAGAACACUUCAGGAAGGGUCAGCUGGAUGUGCGGGAGCUGAUCUCUCUCUACCCACUGCUGCUGCCAGCUUCCUCCUCAUUCACGCGCUGCCACCCUCCCCUCCACGAGUUUGCCGAUCUCAACCACCUGGCACAGGGCGACCAGGAAACGGUGCUGCGAUGCAAGAAAUUCCUCAUCACUUAUUUGGGAGAGGUACGAAGCACAGAGGUGGCCAACGGCUGUCGAGAGGACGUGGACACUGCACUGUUAAAGCUGUAUGCCGAACAGGAUCACGACAGCCUUCUAGACCUGCUAGCUUCAGACAAUGCCUGCCUUCUUGCAGACAGCGUCCCAUGGCUGGAGAAAUAUCAAAAAUAUUUUGCACUUGGACUGCUCUAUCAUUCUAACGGUCAGGAUUCAGCAGCACUUCAGCUGUGGAUUCGAGUGGCAGAUGGGGAUCUGCAGGACUCCACCAGGUCUGACCUCUACGAGUACAUUGUGGACUUUCUCUGCUCCAGUCUGGACCUCGUGUGGAAGUAUGCAGACUGGGCCUUGCGGAAGGAUCCCACGAUAGGUGUCCACAUCUUUACUAAGAGGCCGGCCACUAAAGAGCUUCCAGAACUAAAUCCCGAUGAUGUCAUCUCUUACCUGGGAAAGCACAGCCAGGCGCUGCUUCUCUACCUGGAACACCUGGUGCUGGAGAGACGGAUAAAGAAAGAGAAGGUCCACACACACCUGGCCGUGUUGUACCUGGAGGAGGUCUUGUCACUGCUGUCGCAGUCGCCAGCAGAUGAAGAGCAGCUCUCCAGAGCCAGAGAGAAGCUCCAAUCUCUGCUCAGGGAGUCCAACCUUUACCGUGCGCCGUUUCUUUUAGGUAAGAUGGAGAACUGUGAACAACUGCUGCUCGAGCGUGCGACACUACAUGGAAAGCUGGAGGAGCACGAUAAAGCGCUGCAUAUAUUGGUGCACAAGCUGAGGGACUUCCCGUCUGCCGAGGCCUUCUGUAUAUGGGCCUCUUCCUGUCGGGAUUCGGCGUACCAACAGCAGCUGUUCCACCUGCUCUUGGGGGUUUAUCUAGACGGGAACCCUGCAGGAAAAGCCCAGGCUGCGGCAGGUGGAGGUGGAGACCUGGAGAUGGCAGCAGUGGACCUCCUAAAUCGGCACGGCGAGGUGUUCGACGCAGUCCGUGUCCUGCGCGUGCUCCCCGAGGGCUGGUCACUGCAGCUGCUGCGGCCCUUUCUGGGUCGAGCCAUCAGGGCCAGUAUACAUGACUGCCGCACCUCCCAGAUCGCUCUGGGGCUCGCCCACUCUGAAAACCUUCAACUGCUGCACGACAGGUUGAAAGACCGCAAGAAACCAAUCUUUGUGUCUGAAAAGAAAGGAUGCCACCUGUGCCACAACACCUUCAGUGAGCCCGACGUGGUGUGUCUGCCAGGCGGAGUGCCCGUCCACACCCACUGUGUCGCCCAGAGAGUAAGAGACUCUCCCACAAAGAGACAGUUAACUAAUAGCAGUAACCAUACGUGAGACUCCACCCUUCAGAUUGCCAUGUGAUCUGUGAUCGGAGGCACCAAACUAAAGCAGGACAUACUGAGGACUGUGGGGGGGGGGGGGGGGGGAAGAUAACAAAAAGCACACAACACUCAUUGCCAUCGUAGAGUCGGCCAUGGAGCUGAUGAGAAACGCAAAGAAAGCUGUGCGAGUGUGUCAGACUGUGUUUUUAUUAGACGUUGGGCCUCGUUCAGAGCUGGCAUUGGCUUGUGAGAUGAUGGAGCGACCUCCCAAACACAACUGGACGCGGUUAAUUUGCAUCGCCGCCUCCCUGAUGUGGGUGAUUAUUUGCAUAUAGCGCAGGGAAGUGAGAUCACGAGUGGUCGCUUGAGACACAUUUUUAAUGCCAGGUGUGAACUGACUGGUUAGAGCUGUCCACUUGUGAUCGGAUCACCUAAGACUGGUUAGUACCAGGCCUGAACAGGGACUAAGAAAGCACAGUCUAGUCACCCGGACCUUUAAUCCAUUUCAACAGAGAAUAGAUCACAGACGGGCUCCGGUGCUUCUCUGUGGGUUCAGGGCAAGUACCGGUCAUCGUCUCUGCUUGAACACUUUUUAAACCUGAACUUGAGAAACUGCUUGAGCUACAGAACACACACUAUUUGAAACCUGUUGCAAAGCAUGCAUAGUAUUACCACUCUUACAGUUCUGGUCUCAUCACCUCAUAUGGGUGUUGUAUUAAUAUUGUCCUAACUUGCACAUUGCAAUGUUUGGUUUUAAUGUGAAAUACUACAAAGAUUCAUCAGUACAGAUGGAAGCUGAGUCUUUUAUGUCUGUCUUUUACUGUGUGGGAUCUGUACUCACUGCUGCUUUAUUUCCCCCCCCCCUCAGCUAUAAGGGCACUGGAUGUUGUUUUCACAGUAAUUCAGUUCAACAGUUUGAUCCAAACCUAUUAGUUAUCACGGUUGGAAACUUUGUCUCAGUGUGUCGUCUGUGGCGCAACAACAGCGUAAGACACUACAUGAAAUCUCACGCUGCUCCUCCACUCAUCAGUGCGUGUACCUGGGGAGUCCAUACUCGAACCGCAUCAAUGACCAAAUCAUUUGUUCCAAACAUUUUCAAUUUCAAAUCUUCCUGCUGUUGCAUCAUACUGUGACAGUGUACAGGACUGAUUCAGCACUUUUUACAGCUUUCCUAACGAAAGUAACGAAUAACUGUCAGAGAAAAAUGGUCGUCUCAUAAUGCAUGGUAUUGCACUGCACGUAACUCCUUCAUUGUUUUUUUUUUUUUUUUUUUUUUUUUUUUU